AUGCCGAAAUUGCUGAGUUUGGCACUUGACAUCUUAAUGCUGUUAUACGCCGACGAUAUUGUACUCCUAUCUCGCUCAGCAGUUAGUCUCAGAGCUAAACUAAAGAUAUUAGAGGAUUACUGUACUCUAAAUGACCUAACCGUGAACACCGAAAAGACUAAGGUAAUGCCAUGCAGAUCAUCAGGUAGAGUCAAGAAAGGUGACAAAGACUUCAUAUAUAAAGGCUCCAGCCUUGAAAUUGUCAAACCUUACACUUACUUAGGAGUACCUUUCAAUAUCUCAGCUCACGGCGGGUCUCCCAUUACGUCGGCUAUCAGAAAAGGCAAACAAGCUUCAGGAACGGGCCUGAACUCUUGCUACAUGGAAAAGCUCGAGAUAGCUCAUCUAUACUUCUAUAAGCACCUGCUGAAUAUCCCAGCCUGUACUCCGAAUUAUGUACUACGCCUAGAACUUAAUUUAUCUCAUAUCUCCCUGGAAAUCUUCAAAGCCGCCUUUAGCUGGGUCAUCAAAAUACUCGACAUGAACCAAGACAGUCUACCUAAAAUCUGUUUUAUACGACUUAUUGCCCUCAGCAAAGUUGGCCCCGACAAACCUAACUGGAUCCAUCACCUAAAAAAAAUCCUGCAAACCAUAGACGAAGUAAACAUCCUCGACACCCUGUCCUUGAAUCAUUGGAAGCUCAACAAAGAAAAAAUCAUCAACAAAUACCAGGAGUUUCUGCGCAACUUGGACCUGGAGAGGUACACUCACUCCUCGGCAUGCCAAAUCAUCCUAUACAGGAACCCAUCUGAUGGUUUGCCAAGUUACCUUCAAUUUUGCUCGCAGCGCCUAAUUGUGCCAAUGAUUCAACUAAGACUAGCCAACCUCUUCACCUGCAACAUCUCAGUUGAUAAAUCAGUAAUUAAACUACAGCCUAAACAAACAUGCCGCUAUUGCCAUAAUAACGAAGCUGAAACAGUCAAACACUUCUUACUUGACUGCCCCUUUUUUUAUAUCCCUCGCCUAUCACACCUACAACUUGCUGAGGAACUAGGCCCAAGAAUGAACCUAGCUCUUAUUCUGGACCACCAAUCCCCAACGAAUCUAAAGUCUCUGCAUCAUUUUCUGAGAGACUCUGUAAAGCUGAUUAACCAAGAUGUAUGA